AUGACCAAAAUACCCUGGAACAAUUUAGAAUCGGUUGGAGAUCAGUCCGAAUAUGUCACUCUAUUUCACAAUACCUUGACACGUUGUGUUGUUAGCGUACAUAAAGAUAUCACCAAUAACCGUUAUUUUAGAUCCUUCUGUGAUAAAUUCGUGGAGUCUUUCGUAUCAAAAAUUAUAAAUAAUUUGUCAAAAUGUAAACCAAUAUCUGAAAUGUUACUUGAUAUUCAUGCGCUGAAAACAUCUAUAUUAGAAAUGCCAACUAUGGGAAUGGAAAAUCCGGCGCCACCGCCAACAACGUUUACAAAGAUUGUAAAUAAAGGAAUUGGCAAAAUUGAAGCUAUAUUAAAGAUGAUCCUUACACCACAUGAUCCUCCUGAAGGGUUAUCUGAAAAUUAUAUUUUAUUAAUUGGCGACAAGAACAUUACGAAUUUCCAAAAAAUAUUAGAACUUAAGGGAUUAAGGAGAAAUGAACAACAACAAUUGAUAGAACAAUUUCAACAACGGAAACCAAAAUUUAUGGUUCGAUUUGAUCCUAACAUCGACUGA